CUACCACCACCACCACCACCCACCAACAAAAAAGAAGCAAUUCUUCAUAAUCCCAAUGGCAACCAAGGCGGCACUUACAGCAGCUCUCCUGAUGGCUCUGGUGGCCCUAGCCAGCGCCACCACCUUCACCACCACGGUGACGACCGCCUCGUUUGAGGAAGAGGGCAACCCGAGGCAGCAGCAGUGCAGGCAGCAGCUGCAGGGAAGGGAGUUCCGCUCGUGCCAACGCUACUUCUCGCAGAGGAGCAGCAGCCCCUACGAGGAGGAGGUAGAGGAGGAAGUCUUGGAGAUGAGCACCGGAAGGCAGACCCGGCACAGGCAGCCACAGCUGAACGAGUGCUGCGAGCAGCUCAGGGCGAUGGACAGACAGCAGUGCGGAUGCGAGGCCAUCAAGCACGCCGUGCAGAAGGCACAGCAGCAGCAGCAGGGAGGAAGGUCCCGCUACCAGACCGAGAGCGAGCAGAUCUACCAGAAGGCACGCUCCCUUCCCCGCAUGUGCGGACUGCGCGAGCAGCAAUGCCAGUUCCGCUUUGUGCUUGUCUAGACGCCAGGCCAACCAAGAGGCCUAUCGGCCAUCUGAGUUGAUAACUUUUGUAUGUUUCCGACAAAUAAGUACUAUCAUCAAUAAAAUUACACCUCUUUUCAGCU